GCGGCGGAGCGGCGCGGGCAUGGGCGGGGGGCGGCGCUGAGCGCGGCCGCUCCGUGCGGGGCCGCUGCCCGGGGCCCGGCGUCCCCGCGGCGCCAUGGACCUGGACGUGGACUACGAGCGCCCCAACGUCGAGACCAUCAAGUGCGUGGUGGUGGGCGACAACGCCGUGGGGAAGACGCGGCUGAUCUGCGCCCGCGCCUGCAACGCCACGCUCAGCCAGUACCAGCUGCUGGCCACGCACGUCCCCACCGUCUGGGCCAUCGACCAGUACCGCGUCUGCCAGGAGGUGCUGGAGCGCUCCCGGGACGUGGUGGACGAGGUCAGCGUCUCCCUGCGCCUCUGGGACACCUUCGGGGACCACCAUAAGGACCGGCGCUUCGCCUAUGGCAGGUCAGAUGUGGUCGUGCUCUGCUUCUCAUUGGCGAACCCCAACUCCCUGCGCCAUGUGAAGACGAUGUGGUACCCUGAGAUCAAGCACUUCUGCCCCCGGACGCCCAUCGUGCUGGUGGGGUGCCAGCUGGACCUGCGCUAUGCCGACCUGGAGGCCGUCAACCGGGCCCGGCGCCCCUUGGCCAAGCCCAUCAAGCCCACGGACAUCCUGCCCCCGGAGCGGGGCCACGAGGUGGCCAAGGAGCUGGGGGUACCCUACUACGAGACCAGCGUGGUGGCCCAGUUCGGCAUCAAGGACGUCUUCGACAACGCCAUCCGGGCCGCCCUCAUCUCCCGCCGGCACCUCCAGUUCUGGAAGUCCCACCUGAAGAAGAUGCAGCGGCCGCUGCUGCAGGCCCCCUUCCUGCCCCCCAAGCCCCCGCCACCUGUCAUCCAGGUCCCCGACCCGCCGGCCAGCCGCGGCUGGGGCCCCGCCGCCCUCUUCUGCACCCCGCUCUGCGCCGACGUCGUCUUCCAGCUGCAGGGCGGCCAGCGGGUCUUCGCCCACCGCGUCUACCUGGCCACCUCCUGCUCCAAGUUCUAUGACCUCUUCACCCUGGAGGGGCCGCGGGGAGGGGCCAAGGAGCCGGCCACCCGCACCAAGAGCCUGGACGGGGAGCGGGGGGCUCUGGCCGAGGGGGCGCGCGCCCCGCUGCGGACUUCGCAGAGCGACGAUGCCCUGCGGCCGACGGCGGGGGACGGCGCGGCCCCCGGCAGCGGCGGCCGUGACCUGUCGGCCUGGGGCCGCGGCUUCGUCAGCAUGCGCUGGGAGCUGGUGGCGGACCCGGUGGCCGGGCGGGAGAAGCGGAUGGCGGUGGUGUGCAUGGACCGGCGGGUGCAGGCGGAACCCUUCCGCGCCGUGCUGGAGUACCUCUACACCGGGCGGCUGGACCAGGCCCGCGGGGACCUGAUGCAGGUGGCCACCAUCGCCGAGCUGCUGGAGGUCUUCGACCUGCGCAUGAUGGUGGCCAACGUGCUCAACAAGGAGAGCUUCAUGAACCAGGAGAUCACCAAGGCUUUCCACGUCCGCCGCGCCAACCGCAUCAAGGAGUGCCUGGGGAAGGGGGUCUUUGCAGACGUGGUUUUCCGUGUGGAUGACGGGGCCGUGCCGGCACACAAGCCCCUGCUCAUCGCUGGCUGCGACUGGAUGAUGGCCAUGUUCCGGGGGGCUUUCCGGGAGAGCUACGCUGCCGAGGUCUCCCUGCCCGGCACGAACUGCGCCUGCCUGCGCGCUGUCCUUGACUUCCUCUACACCGGCGUCUUCACCCCCACGCCCGACCUGGAUGCGAUGGAGCUCCUCAUCCUCACCAACCGCCUCUGCCUGCCCCGGCUGCAGGCGCUCACAGAGCAGUACGCCGUGGACGAGCUGCUGCGAGCCUUCAUGCAGCGGGUGGAGAUUGACGAGCAGGUCAUCAUCUACCUGGAGAUGACGCAGUUCCACAACGCCCGGCAGCUGGCCGCCUGGUGCCUGCACUACAUCUGCACCAACUACAACAGCGUCUGCCGCCGCUUCCCCCGGGAGAUGAAGUUCAUGUCCCCAGAGAACCAGGCGCACUUUGAGCGGCACCGCUGGCCGCCGGUCUGGUACCUGAAGGAGGAGGACCUGUACCUGCGCUCCAAGAAGGAGCGGGAGCGGGAGGAGCAGCUGCAGCGCAAGCAGCACACCCGCAGCAAGUGGUGCUUCUGGCGGCCCUCGCCCCACGUCUCCUGAGCCGAGGGGGGGGGGCACGGCCGGGCUGGGGGCCGCCCGAUCGGACCCUCUCCCCUCCGAGGGCUGCUGUCCCCCCGCCGGCCGCUGCCCGUUUACACCCCCCCAUCCCGGCUGUUUACAGGCGCUGCUCGCCGUUGCCGCUCGCUGGGUUGUGGCCCGUUCUCCCCGCCGUGCCUUUUCCCGGCACGGGAGCGGGGCCGGCCAUGCCGAGCUGUGCCGUGCCGUGCCGGCAAGGCCCCCUCCGCCCCGGCCAACGCUGGUGCUACCUCUGACCGAGCAGUAUUGUCGGGCUGGGGGCAGGCAGGGAGCGGGGGCUCUGCCGGCCUCCUCCUCCUCCUCCCGGGGGGGUCCCCCAGCCCAUGCCAGGUGCUCCCCCAGGCAGGGCUCUCCGGUGCUGUAUUUUCUUCCCCCAACCCCGACAGAGGCGGGGGGGGGGGCCAAGCUGUGAGCGGGGCAGGAGGGUGGGAUGGGCGCGGGGGUCCCUGGGGUCCCUGGGUGCUUGUGUGGCUGUAAGAGCUGCUCCUGCCCGGGGGGGGGAGGGUGGCCCGACCCCCGCAGCUCAUCUCUGUGCCUUGGACAUGCCCCUGCAGGGCCACGGGCUGUGUCCCAGUGGUGGGGGCCAUUGUCCCUGGCCCGGGUGUCCCGGGGUCCCCGGGCUGAACUGCACAACCGUUUUUACACUUUUUUUACCCCCUGCCCCACGAGCACACCGGCCCUUGGGCCCCCCCUCCCCGGCUGCCCCAGCACUGUGAGCGGGGCUGCCCACGCCUCUCAGCAUCGGCUGUUUUAACCUUUAAUAAAGCCUUUUGUAACGGG